CAGGAUUUCUCGCCAUGGCGACCCGCCGGCAUGUUGAUAGCAUCCUGCAGCCUGCGUCUGGAUGGGUGGACGGCGAAGCCGAGAUCUAUGACAGGCAUCCAUCCAUUCUGCAGGACGAACGCAUGACGAGGUGGGACGCGUCGACGACAUUUCCGCGUCAAGUCCGCUUCAUCACCUGCGCCGUCCUGUUCGCCAUUGGCACCGCCAGCUUCAUGUACAGGAACAUGUUUCUGCAUGAGACCCGCGAGCACACUAUUUUGACUCAGAUUCGGCGAUCCAUUGUUGAAAUGGACGCAAUUGCCGCGACGGCGACGGCGAUGGAGCGGCAUGUCCAGCGGCUCGCCUCCCUCACACAAACUCACCUCGACCAAGCGACCAAAGUCGCCGACACGAGCCUGAACGAUGGCAAUGCAGUGCGUCCCGACGUUCUGUGGUCUGAAGUCGACGCCAUCCACGCCGACACCAUGAAGCACAUGGAAUCGAUGCUCCAUGAGGUUGUGCAAACCACUCUCCAAGACGUCCUCGACCUCUCGGCGGCGUGGACAGCAAACCAUCCACCCACUCCUCCGCCGUCUUCCUCCGACGUCGUCGUCGUCGAGCCCGUUGCCAUCGUCGACACGCCAGAUCCGAACAACCCUAUCACAGCAGCCCCUCCACAAACGGAAAACAAUGUCACAACUACCACCAACAUCGACGUCGCCAAGAAGCCUACCUCCCCUCCGAUUGUCGUCGAUCAUUCCCCUGCAACUUCCCAGCCAAACACAAGCCCGACGCGAAGGCCAGCAGGUAACCCCACGCACUUCGUCGCAUUCACGAUGGUCGGGACGGUGGCCAUCGCCGGCUUGUUCGUGUACUGGAUGCAAACUCGCGGGUCGUUUCUUCAGAAUCGACUGGCCUUCCAGCAAGGCACCCGCCGUCUGCAGAGCCUCGUGACAUCAGCCCACCAAUGGGGUCUGGGCGUGCUUGGCCGCUGCCGGGCGUCGAGUGCGUCGACGUGGCGGGGGAUGUUGGACAGCUUCAUGAAUCUUCGAGAUUGGUGGCGCCGAGGCCGCCGGGAGGUGGAGGUCGAAGACGUGAGCGACGACGACGAUGACAUAUCGUUUUACCCCCAAACGCCAAUACCCUCCAACAACCCAUAUGCCAACAAACCCUUGUACGAAGACAAUGGACUGCCUCGCAAGCACAUUAGCUUUGCCGAUGUGGAGAGCGACGACGAGGAGUACGAGGAUGACGAGGCCGAUGCGCCGCCGCCAACGCGCCGGCCAUCGCAUUUGGUCCGCACCAACUUGUACGAGAACCUUCUGACGCCCGAGCCAGCGACCGCCAGAGUUUAUCAUGACGAAUCCCCGAGACGGCGAUCGAGUCGGCGGCAUGCAACGACUAGCGGCGGUCGCGCGUUUGGAUAACUAGGGACUCCUUUUUAAUAUUAUUGGGGUUAAAUAUCGAUGUAACGUUAUGAAUAACCCCUGGAGGGUGCGG